AUGUUGUGGUACUCAGUAAUUGUAAUACUACUUGCUCUAUCUAUCUAUUCCACACUAGCAUUUUGUCCAUCAUUUUUGAAAAAUCAAACAGCUUGCACGUGUUUUGAUUACAUUGAUGGUGUCGUGAUACGAUGUAACGGUCAAAAUGGACCAGCUGUGGUCGAACAACUAAAAAAAACACCAAUAGAAAUACGCGAAUUAGCUUUAGAAAAUGCCAAUAUUGUCGAGAUUGGACGGAAUGCGUUCAAAAAUUUGCGAAUCAAAAAACUUAUUUUGGAUAAUAACCGAAUUCGGGCACUGCAUCCUGACGCAUUUCGUGGACUGGAAUCAGUAAUGGUUGAACUUUCAAUUUCCAGAAAUAAACUUUCUGCUGUCCCAACUGAUUCUUUAAGUACAAUGCGUGCUUUAAGUGUGCUCAGUCUACGUUGUAACAAUAUUGGUGAUAUCAAAACUCCAGCAUUCCGCAAUAUGUCCAGUCUAAUUGACUUAAACCUUGGCUGCAACCAGAUUUGCAAUAUAGAAGGACCAGUAUUCAAUGACGUGAAGAACACCUUGCAAAAUUUAGUACUUGAUAAUAACUGCUUAUCUACUGUACCAUCCGAUGCACUGAAAGGUCUGGACAAUCUUAUUGGUCUUCACUUGAAAUAUAAUCAGAUUAAACGAUUGGAGAAUAUGCAAUUAACCAAUCUGAGUAGUCUAACCAUUUUAUCCCUCACAGGAAACCAAAUUUCUGCUAUUGAAAACGAUUUUAUGCCUCAAUCUGACAGUUUACGCUAUCUUUAUUUGGGUUCCAACAACUUAACAAAAAUUCCAGCAGGAAUGUUUGACCAGUUUAAACAAGUACAGGUUAUUGACAUGAGUUACAAUUAUUUCACCGACAUAAUGGGCGAUAUGUUCUCUGGUUUGGAGCAUUUGCAGCAUCUAAAUCUUGAAGGCAAUCAAAUUAAGAAUGUUGCACCCGGAGCAUUUGCAACUACACCAUUACUAUUGUUAUGGCUACCAAACAAUUGCUUACAAUUUGUGUCACCAAAUAUGUUCCAAGGUACACCUUUCCUGCGACAGGUGUCACUUGCCAAUAACAAUAUUAGGACCAUAAAACCUUUGAGCUUUGCACAUCUAGCUAAUUUGCACACUCUGGACCUAUCACAUAACAAAAUACAAGCCCUUGAACCAGGUGCUAUUAUUGGCUCGGAUUACCUUAUGGUUCGAUUACAAGAAAAUCCUAUGGUCUGCUUACAAGAUGGUUUUCACGUGAUGAAUGGUAAUGAAGCAAUAAACCUUACAACAGAGCCCAAUUUAGUUUGUCAAACAAACUACACAAAUAACGUAGAAGACGUAUGCCCUAAGAGCAAUGAUUCACCACAAGCACAACCAUGCUGCUCAAAAUCUGUAACAAAACUUGACAAACCAUACUCAACAACUUCCCUUUUGGUCACAACUACAUUUUCAACAACUCAAUCGAUAAAGAGCUCUCCAAAAAUCCAUCGGAACGGUAUUCACAAAAAAAAGUUUAAUUUAGAAAGGUUUAUGCGUCUUUCUCAGCGACCUGCUGGAUAUCGAACAUCACCCUUCUUAGGACAUCGCAAACUAGCACAAACAAAACCUACUGAAAGUGCUUUGCAAAGAAAAACAAAUGCGACUAAAGCAAUGAAAAACGAACGAUCUCCAAGACUGGAAAAAUAUUUAGAAAGGAUCCGGGCUCAGUUACCUCCAUAUAUCCGUACAGAGUCGAAAGAUAAGGAAGAAUUCGUAGAAUUUGUGUCGGACAGUAAUGUUGAUUCAGUGCAAACACAAGAUCGUAAACAGCAAUGA